CACAAUGACAGGAUUAUAAAGACGGUAAAAACUAAAAAGUGAUAUCAUGAAAACUGUAAAGUGAAGCACCGAAACCUUACAAUUACAAAUUAUAAAUCCAUAAUAUACGUUUCAGUGAGUUACAAUAAUAUUGAGAUACAAGAGCAGUUAAAUAUUAAUUUUAAAGACUAGUUCAAAAUAGCGAACCAAGUGGUUAUUUUCUUGUGGUUAUUUUGCAAUAUAUUCACCGUUACCUAUAGAACUAUGGUUAUGGAUACCAUUACCACACCUCCUCCAGUAACUUGGGCGCAAAGGAAAACAUGUGUAUUUGUAGUUUUCAAUGUUGAAUGUGAAAAACCCGAUAUCAAAAUAGAAAAUAGGUUAAUCUCAUUUAAAGGCGUAUGUGGCCCAGAACAGAAGUUAAAUGAGGUGGAAUUAUCACUCUUUGAUGAAAUAGACCCUGAGAAAAGUAUUCAAGUUAACAAAGGAAGAUUCAUUGAGCUUGUUCUUGCAAAGGUUAAGUCUGAUGCUGCAUUUUGGCCUUCAUUAACAAGUGAUAAGAAAAAACAUCAUUGGCUUAAAGUUGAUUUCCAAAGAUGGCAAGAUGAAGAUGAGAGUGAGGAUGAUACAGAUUGGGACGACAUGAACCAGAUAACUGAUGAUAUGGGUCCCUCAUAUGCAUCUACUUCUUCAGAAGAUGAAGAUUAAGCCGUGGAAUAACUCAUAACUUAAUAUUCUCAGUCUUAAGCUAGUCUGAAUAUAGAUAAUUAUCAGUUAGCAAUAUCAUGGUUGUAUGUGGUUUAUAGAAUUUGAUAAGUCCACUUUAAACCAAUUAAAAUAUUUAGAUUUGAGUGUGUUUUAAAACAUGCAACAUGAUGUGUAGAGAUACAAAGACUCAGACUUGCUCAUUAAUUCACCAUAUAAUAAAUGCUAAUAAUAAUAAGUGGACUUAUAAACUUACACUUACCUGAUAUAAUACAAACAUACACUUUAUACAUUCCUAAUGUGCUAAAGAAUUGCUAGCUUAGAUUAAUACCCUUUAUUUAUACAAAAGUUAAGUACCUGUCUCUUUUAAACUCAAUUUGACAGGCGAAUUACUGUUUUUUUAACUUAUUUAGUUGUAAGAAUAUUGGGCUACAAUGCAACCCAUAACUUGAAUGUUUGAAACCAUUAGGUGUCCCACUAGUCUGUUAACAGUGUGUUUAAGGUGUUGUGAGCUGUUCGCCAAUUUGUACUUAUUUUAUUUUGAAAUGUUUAAAGAAACAGUGGCAUUUUGUAGCCAUAAAGCAUUGUAGUGUAUAAAAUAUAUUUCUUACUCACUACCUAACUUUUCUUUAUGAAAUACUUUGUUAACUAUUUUAUAGAAAUUCUUUGAAUAGCAGAGAAAAAAGCAUUUUGUGUUCCCAAAGAUGUUAAGCUUUUAAUCCUACGGAGGAUUUAUUGUGUGGUGUAAUGUUAAAGAAGGGUAUGAGGUGUUGUAAUGUUGGCACAGUAUUAAAAUAUGUAAUAAUAAAUAGUGUUUUAUAAA